UUAAGGAUAUUCAAUUGAACUCUGUUUUGCUUGAAGCUAUGACUGCCGGUGCUACAGGAGAAAGGUCUUUCCAAGAGACACCUACAUGGGCUGUUGCGGUUGUAUGUGCUGUGUUUGUGAUUAUAUCUUUAUUAAUCGAACAAGGAAUUCAUUCUCUUGGAAAGUGGUUUCAGAAACGCCGGAACAAGGCCUUGAUUUAAGCUUUGGAGAAAAUUAAAGCUGAGUUAAUGCUAUUAGGUUUCAUAUCCCUACUGCUUACAGUGGGUACAACCUAUAUCACAAGGAUAUGCAUACCUUCAAAACUUGGCAACACUAUGCUUCCAUGUAGAAUUGAUGCUACUAAGAAGGAUCAGGGAGGUGCUGGCAGGAGAAAAUUACUUUCAAAUGAUGAAAAUGUAAUGUGGCGCAGAGUAUUGGCAGGGUCUGGUGGAGAUGAUUUUUGCACAAAAAAUGGUAAAGUGCCAUUGAUUUCACAAAUAGCAGUGCACCAACUGCAUAUAUUCAUCUUCGUCCUUGCAGUUUUUCAUAUCCUCUACAGCGUCAUUACCAUGGCACUGGGGCAAGCUAAAAUGAUGAAAUGGAAAGCUUGGGAAUCGGAAACUGAAUCCUUGGAAUAUCAAUUCACAAACGAUCCAGCACGAUUUAGGUUCACUCAUCAAACAUCCUUUGUGAGGCGUCAUUCUGGCUUGUCAAGAAUACCUGGGAUCAAAUGGAUUUUUGCAUUCUGCAGGCAAUUUUUAGGCUCAUUGUCAAAGGUGGACUAUUUGACAAUGCGUCGUGGUUUUAUUAGUGCACAUUUUGCCCCAGACAGCAAAUUUAAUUUCCACAAGUACAUUAAAAGAUCAUUGGAAGAUGAUUUUAAAGUUGUUGUGGGUAUCAUUAUUCCAUUAUGGAUGUUUGCAUUAUUUUUUUUGCUUCUCAAUGUUUACAAAUGGUACUCGCUCACCUGGUUGGCCUUAGCACCACUAAUUAUAAUUCUAUUAGUAGGCACAAAGCUUGAACUUAUUAUCAUGGAGAUGUCUCAAGAAAUUCAAGAUCGAACUGCAUUUGUUAAGGGUGCUCCAGUGGUAGAGCCAAGCAACAAGUAUUUUUGGUUUAAUAGACCCCAAUGGAUUCUCUAUUUGAUACAUUUUACCGAGUUCCAGAAUGCUUUCCAAAUGGCAUAUUUUCUGUGGACAUGUUAUGAGUUCAAGAUCACAUCAUGCUUCCACGAAGACUUGCUGUUAUUAUUGAUAAGAGUUUCCCUUGGUGUAGCCCUUCAAUUCCUAUGCAGCUAUAGCACUUUUCCUCUGUACGCCUUGGUGACACAAAUGGGUUCUCACAUGAAGCAAGCUAUCUUUGAGGAGCAAACAGCAAAAGCACUUAAGAAAUGGCAUAAGGCUGUAAAGGAUAAGAAAAAAUUGAGGAAAGGUGGAGUAAAUAGUUCUUCAGGAUUUAUGAGUGGGGAAAACACACCAAGCCGAGGGACAUCACCCAUUCACUUGCCUCACAAGCACCAGUCCAAUAAAUCAGAUUUUGAAGCUGAUCUUUAUUCCCCAAAAUCUUACCAAUCCGAUACUGACCUUCCGGAGAUUGAGGGUUCCGCUACUAAUAGGCAUGCAUCAAGAACAGAAGGCCAACCAACAAGAACUGAAGAAUCACAUAAUAUUGAUUUUACCUUUGUUAAGGCUUGA